AUGGAUGGAGGAGAAGAGACUGAUAUGAAGAACAAGAGUGAAUCUGAUUUUGCAGAGAGGAAUUUCCUAGUCGGAACUUUUGAGGCCGAAGUUACUGGAGCUGGACUCAAUUCCAGGAAUUCUGGAGCCGAAGUAAGAACCAUGGCUCAAACAGCUCUCAUUGGAGACAUCUAUUUCCUCUUUCCUCUCUUCUUGCUAUCUCUUCUCUUUCUCCUUUACAAGACUUUCAGAUCUUCUCCAUCCAAAGGUCCAUCUCUUCCACCAGGACCAUCUCCAUGGCCUAUCAUAGGCAACAUUCCCCAAAUGGGAAGAGAGUCCCAUGUCUCAUUCACCCAUUUAGCCCAAACCUAUGGUCCACUCAUCUCACUAAGACUUGGUCCCCGACUUCUUGUAGUUGCAUCAUCACAAGCUACAGCAACUGAGAUACUCAAGGUGCAUGACAGCGUACUCUCAGGCCGCUUCGCACCACAGUCGGCAUCCGAUCUCAAGGACAACCCAGAACGCAUGACAAUUGCUUGGGCUUCUGAAUGCAAUGAUCAAUGGAAGAGUCUACGUACCCUUUAUCGGUCUGAACUGUUCUCAUCCAAGCUGAUUGAGUCUCAGGCAUUUUUGAGGGAGAAGAAGGUGAUGGAGCUGAUCAGUUUUCUGAGUAUAAAGGAAGGUGAGGCUGUGAACAUAGGUGAAGUAAUGUUUGCUACUGUUUUUAACAUCUUGAGUAAUCUUUUCCUGUCAAAGGAUUUGGUUAGUUUUGAGGAUGAUGGUACUGAUGGAGGGAUUAAGCAACUGGUGAAGAAAAUAAUGGUGUUGGCAUCAACUCCUGACUUGGGUGAUUUGUUUCCAAUAUUCAGGAGGUUAGAUAUUCAGAGGCUAAACAAGAGGGUGAAGGAAUUGUUUGAGAAGAUCAGUGCUAGGUGGGAGAACAUCAUCAAAGAAAGAAGAGAAAGGGUUGAUUGUAGUGUUUCAAGCCAACAAGAUUUCUUGGAUGUUCUGAUCAACCAUGGUUUUACUGAUGAUCAGAUCAACAACAUGCUUCAUAAGAUAAACAGCUUAAAGGCUACUGGAUGA